CUCUUGUUGUUUCAGAUGCCGGUGACCUUGGAGGAGGUGGCUGUGUAUUUCACCCAGGGGCAGGGGGCUCUGCUGGACCCCGCUCAGCAUCUGAUGCGUUCUGACCAGUGUUCCCUCAGUUUUUAUGUCCAAGUGUGGAAUGAAUUUGGUUCUACGCAGCAGCUGAGGAAUCAGGUCCACGUUUCACUAAAGAUCGGCCAGUCUUCCAGGAGACAGAGAAGGGAAAUGGCUGUGAUGGAGCCAGCUCAGAUGCCGGUGACCUUCGAGGAGGUGGCUAUUUAUUUCACCCAGGGGCAGGGGGCUCUGCUGGACCCCGCUCAGAGAGCCCUCUACAGGGACGUCAUGCAGGAGAACUACGAGACCGUGACCUCACUGGGAUUUCCCAUUCCCAAACCUGAGCUUAUCACCCGGCUGGAACGAGGGGAAGAGCUGUGGGUGUCCGAUCUCCAGGAUUUCAAGGACAGGAGGCUUCUGAGAUGCACCAGCACAGGUGCUGAGCGAGGGAGUGAGAAGAAGGAGGGGAAUCAUCAUGAGGCAGCUCCUGGGGAAGUGGAACCACAGGGGACCUUUUUGGGAAGAGCUGAAGGGAAUUUUUCCCCUUGCUGGAAUCAGGGAGAAGCCUGGGGAAAUUGGCACAGGACAGAGAGGCUUCUGAUAAACCAACCCAGGAAGAAAGUGGAUGAAUCUGUGAAUGGUGGGAGAGGAGACGAGAAUCCCAGAGAGCAGCAGACAAAUCCCAAGGAAGAGACACCCUGGCACUGCCUUGAGUGUGGGAAAGGAUUCAUUGUGAGAUCACAACUUGUUACACAUCAGACAGUCCAUACGGGAGAGAAACCAUUUCAAUGCUUGGACAGUGGGGAAAGCUUCAAUAAGCGCAGAGAUCUUAAUAACCAUGGGAGAAGCCACACUGUAGACAAGCCCAUUCAAUGCGUUGAAUGUGGGAAAUGUUUCAGUUCAAAGUCAGCACUAAAUUCACAUGAGAAAAGCCACACAGGAGAGAGACCCCAUAAAUGUUUGGACUGUGGGAAAAGUUUCACAUGGAGGUCGGCACUUGUUAAUCAUCAGGCAAUCCACACAGGAGAGAGAACCCAUAAGUGCUUGGACUGUGGGAAAAGCUUCAUACAGCGGUCAACCCUCGUUAAACAUCAGGCAAUCCACACAGGAGAGAGACCCCACAAGUGCUUGGAGUGUGGGAAAAGUUUCACUUGGAGAUCAGCCCUUGGUUAUCAUCUGAAAAUCCAUACAGGAGAGAGACCCCACAAGUGCUUGGACUGUGGGAAAAGUUUCAUAUGCAAGUCAGAUCUUGCUGAUCAUCAGGCAAUCCACACAGGAGAGAGACCCCACAAGUGCUUGGACUGUGGGAAAAGUUUCAUACGAAGGUCACGCCUUAUUCAACAUCAGGCAAUCCACACAGGAGAGAGACCCCACAAGUGCUUGGAUUGUGGGAAAAGUUUCAUACGAAGAUCACGCCUUGUUCAGCAUCAGGCAGUCCACACAGGAGAGAGACCCCACAAGUGCUUGGACUGUGGGGAAAGUUUCAUUUGCAAGUCAGAUCUUGCUGAUCAUCAGGCAAUCCACACAGGAGAGAGACCCCACAAGUGCUUUGACUGUGGGAAAAGUUUCAAGCGGAAAUCAGUCCUUAUUCGUCAUCAGGCAAUCCACACAGGAGAGAGACCUCACAAGUGCUUUGACUGUGGGAAAAGUUUCAAGGAGAGGUCAGACCUUGUAAAACAUUGGGCAGUCCACACAGAAGAGAGACCCCACAAGUGCUUGGACUGUGGGAAAAGUUUCAUACGAAGGUCACGUCUUGUUCGUCAUCAGGCAAUCCACACAGGAGAGAGACCCCACAAGUGCUUGGAUUGUGGGAAAAGUUUCAUAAGAAAGUCACACCUUGUUCAACAUCAGGCAGUCCACACAGAAGAGAGACCCUACAAGUGCUUGGACUGUGGGAAAAGUUUCAAGCAGAGGUCAUACCUUGUAAAACAUCGGGCAGUCCACACAGAAGAGAGACCCCACAAGUGCUUUGACUGUGGGAAAAGUUUCAAGCAGAGGUCAUACCUUGUAAAACAUCGGGCAGUCCACACAGAAGAGAGACCCCACAAGUGCUUUGACUCUAGGAAAAGUUUCAUGCAGAGGUCACACCUUGUUAAACAUCAGGCAAUCCACAAAGGAGAGAGACCCCACAAGUGCUUUGACUGUGGGAAAAGUUUCAUGCAGAGGUCACACCUUGUUCAACAUCAGGAAUUCCACACAGGAGAGAGACCCCACAAAUGCUUGGAUUGUGGGAAAAGUUUCAUAAGAAAGUCACACCUUGUUCAACAUCAGGCAAUCCACACAGGAGAGAGACCCCACAAGUGCUUGGACUGUGGGAAAAGUUUCAUACGAAGGUCACGCCUUGUUCAACAUCAGGCAAUCCACACAGGAGAGAGACCCCACAAGUGCUUGGAUUGUGGGAAAAGUUUCAUACGAAGAUCACGCAUUGUUCAGCAUCAGGCAGUCCACACAGGAGAGAGACCCCUCAAGUGCUUUGACUGUGGGAAAAGUUUCAAGUGGAAAUCAGUCCUUAUUCGUCAUCAGGCAAUGCACACAGGAGAGAGACCCCACAAGUGCUUUGACUGUGGGAAAAGUUUCAAGGAGAGGUCAGACCUUGUAAAACAUUGGGCAGUCCACACAGGAGAGAGACCCCACAAGUGCUUGGAUUGUGGGAAAAGUUUCAUAAGAAAGUCACACCUUGUUCAACAUCAGGCAGUCCACACAGAAGAGAGACCCUACAAGUGCUUGGACUGUGGGAAAAGUUUCAAGCAGAGGUCAUACCUUGUAAAACAUCGGGCAGUCCACACAGAAGAGAGACCCCACAAGUGCUUUGACUGUGGGAAAAGUUUCAAGCAGAGGUCACACCUUGUUAAACAUCAGGCAAUCCACAAAGGAGAGAGACCCCACAAGUGCUUUGACUGUGGGAAAAGUUUCAUGCAGAGGUCACACCUUGUUCAACAUCAGGAAUUCCACACAGGAGAGAGACCCCACAAAUGCUUGGAUUGUGGGAAAAGUUUCAUAAGAAAGUCACACCUUGUUCAACAUCAGGUAAUCCACACAGGAGAGAGACCCCACAAGUGCUUGGACUGUGGGAAAAGUUUCAUACGAAGGUCAACCCUUGUUCAACAUCAGGCAGUCCACACAGGAAAGAGACGCCAUAAGUGCUUGGAGUGUGGGAAAAGUUUCACAUGGAGAGCAGGCCUUUUUUAUCAUCAGAGAAUCCACACAGGAGAGAGACCCCAUAAGUGCUUGGACUGUGGGAAAAGUUUCAUAUGGAGGUCAGACCUUGUUAUUCAUGAGGCAAUCCACACAGGAGAGAGACCCCAUAAAUGCUUGGAUUGUGGGAAAAGUUUCAUACACAGGUCACACCUUGUUAAACAUCAGGCAAUCCACACAGGAGAGAGACCCCAUAAAUGCUUGGAUUGUGGGAAAAGUUUCAUACACAAGUCAGACCUUGUUAGACAUCAGGCAAUCCACACAGGAGCAAGACCCCACAAGUGCUUCCACUGUGGGAAAAGUUUCAAGCGGAAAUCAGACCUUGUUAGUCAUCUGGCAAUCCACACAGGAGAGAGACCCCACAAGUGCUUGGACUGUGGGAAAAGUUUCAUGCAGAGGUCAUACCUUCUUAAACAUAAAACAAUUCACAAAGGAGAAAGAUCGCAUAAGUGCUUGGACUGUGGGAAAAGUUUCACAAUGAGGUCAAACCUUGUUAAUCAUCAGAGAAUCCACAGCGGAGAAAGACCCCACAAGUGCUUGGACUGUGGGAAAAGUUUCACUUUGAGAUCAACCCUUGGUUAUCAUCAGAAAAGCCACACAGGAGAGAGACCCCACAAGUGCUUGGACUGUGGGAAAAGUUUCACUUGGAGAUCAGCCCUUGGUUAUCAUCAGAAAAGCCACACAGGAGAGAGACCCCACAAGUGCUUGGACUGUGGGAAAAGUUUCAUAUGCAAGUCAGAUCUUGCUAAUCAUCAGGCAAUCCACACAGGAGAGAGACCCCACAAGUGCUUGGACUGUGGGAAAAGAUUCAUACGAAGGUCACGCCUCGUUCAACAUCAGGCAAUCCACACAGGAGAGAGACCCCACAAGUGCUUGGAAUGUGGGAAAGUUACUUUGCAAGUCAGAUCUUGCUAUCAUCAGGUAAUCCACACAGGAGAGAGACCCCACAAGUGCUUUGACUGUGGGAAAAGUUUCAAGCGGAAAUCAGUCCUUGUUCGUCAUCAGGCAAUCCACACAGGAGAGAAACCCCACAAGUGCUUAGAUUGUGGGAAAAGUUUCAUAAGAAAGUCACAGCUUGUUCAACAUCAGGCAGUCCACACAGAAGAGAGACCCCACAAGUGCUUUGACUGUGGGAAAAGUUUCAAGCAGAGGUCAUACCUUGUAAAACAUCGGGCAGUCCACACAGAAGAGAGACCCCAGAAGUGGUUUGAUUCUGGGAAAAGUUUCAUGCAGAUGUCACACUUUGUUAAACAUCAGGCAAUCCACAAAGGAGAGAGACCCCACAAGUGCUUUGACUGUGGGAAAAGUUUCAUGCAGAGGUCACACCUUGUUCAACAUCAGGCAAUCCACAAAGGAGAGAGACCCCACAAGUGCUUUGACUGUGGGAAAAGUUUCAUGCAGAGGUCACACCUUGUUCGUCAUCAGGCAAUCCACACAGGAGAGAGACCCCACAAGUGCUUGGAUUGUGGGAAAAGUUUCAUAAGAAAGUCACAUCUUGUUCAACAUCAGGCAAUCCACAAAGGAGAGAGACCCCAUAAGUGCUUGGACUGUGGGAAAAGUUUCAUAAGAAAGUCACACCUUGUUCAACAUCAGGCAAUCCACACAGGAGAGAGACCCCACAAUUGCUUGGACUGUGGGAAAAGUUUCAAGCAGAAAUCAGACCUUGUUCGUCAUCAGGCAAUCCACACGGGAGAGAGACCCCACAAGUGCUUGCACUGUGGGAAAAGUUUCAUACGAAGGUCAGCCCUUGUUCAACAUGAGGCAAUCCACACAGGAGAGAGACCCCACAAGUGCUUGGACUGUGGGAAAAGUUUCAUACAAAGGUCACGCCUUGUUCAGCAUCAGGCAGUCCACACAGGAGAGAGACCCCACAAGUGCUUGGACUGUGGGGAAAGUUUCAUUUGCAAGUCAGAUCUUGCUGAUCAUCAGGCAAUCCACACAGGAGAGAGACCCCACAAGUGCUUGGACUGUGGGAAAAGUUUCAUACGAAGGUCACGCCUUGUUCGUCAUCAGGCAAUCCACACAGGAGAGCGACCCCACAAGUGCUUGGAUUGUGGGAAAAGUUUCAUAAGAAAGUCACACCUUGUUCAACAUCAGGCAGUCCACACAGAAGAGAGACCCCACAAGUGCUUGGACUGUGGGAAAAGUUUCAAGCAGAGGUCAUACCUUGUAAAACAUCGGGCAGUCCACACAGGAGAGAGACCCCACAAGUGCUUGGACUGUGGGAAAAGUUUCAAGCAGAGGUCAUACUUUGUAAAACAUCGGGCAGUCCACACAGAAGAGAGACCCCACAAGUGCUUUGACUCUGGGAAAAGUUUCAUGCAGAGGUCACACCUUGUUAAACAUCAGGCAAUCCACAAAGGAGAGAGACCCCACAAGUGCUUUGACUGUGGGAAAAGUUUCAUGCAGAGGUCACACCUUGUUAAACAUCAGGCAAUCCACACAGGAGAGAGACCCCACAAGUGCUUGGAUUGUGGGAAAAGUUUCAUAAGAAAGUCACACCUUGUUCAUCAUCAGGCAAUCCACACAGGAGAAAGACCCCACAAGUGCUUGGACUGUGGGAAAAGUUUCAUACAAAGGUCAGACCUUGUUAAACAUCAGGCAUUCCACACAGGAGAGAGACGCCAUAAAUGUUUAGACUGUGGGAAAAAAUUCAUACGGAGGUCAGACCUUGUUAAACAUCAGAGAAUCCACACAGGAGAGAGACCCCAUAAGUGCGAGGACUGUGGAAAAUGUUUCAUACAGAGGUCAGACCUUCUUAAACAUCAGAGAAUCCACACAGGAGAGAGACCCCACAAGUGUUUUGUCUGUGGGAAAGGUUUCAUAUGGAGGUCACACUUUGUUAAACAUCAGAGAAUCCACACAGGAGAGAGACCUCACAAGUGCUUAGACUGUGGGAAAUGUUUCAUACAGAGCUCAAACCUUGUUAGACAUCAGGCAAUCCACACUGGAGAGAGACCCCACAAGUGCUUGGACUGUGGGGAAAUUUCACACAUAGAUCACACCUCAUUAAACAUGAGAGUAUCCACACAGGAUCUAAAGUUCUCUGACACAGGGACAGAAAGUGUUAAGGAAAUUGCACGUCAUUGACCUAGAUUCAACCUUUAGAGACAUAUUAGAAAAGUGUGUCCUCGUUAGAUAAACUAGAGCUUCGAAAGGUAAACGUGUAUUGUUAAAGACAUGGAAGAAAAUGGUAACUGUAGUAGUCGUUGUUUAGCUAUAUCUUGUUAGAGGUUAACAAUGGAAAUACGGUUCCUGUCUAGGGCUAUAUUCUGUUAAUUCAGAGAUCAAAAGGAAUUAUAAAGGUUUAGUUGGUUGGUUGUAAUAAUGUCAUUGUUUGUCUAUGAACUGCUUUAUUGAGCAUCACUUUAUGUUAAGCCAUGAAAUUAAUUACCAGUGAUGUUUAGGAAAUAGAAGGUUACUUCAAAAGCCUCUUGUUCAGCCAAGGACUGUGUGCUGUCGAGACGCUGCAAAAAUGAUCCUUUCUUACCUGAUCUGCCUAAGCUUUAUUUUGGGGGGGAGUGUGAAUCAUAAGACUGAGAUCUCCAGUCCCCUCUGGACUGCCCUGACAUUGAAAUUUGGACAUUGGACUAGGACUGGAUUAAAUGAUUCUAUAAAGGACUUUUUGCAAUUCUAAAGCAUCAGUUGUACAGUGAAACUGACCUAAGGACUCUAUGCGUGUCUGUGGGUAUGUCUACACUACGAAAUUAGGUCGAUUUUAUAGAAAUCGAUUUUUAGAAACCGAUUUUAUACAAUCGAUUUUGUAUGUUCACACGAAGCGCAUUAAGUCGGUGGAGUGUUUCCUCACUACUGUGACUAGCAUCGACUUACAGAGCGGUGCACUGUGGGUAGCUAUCCCACAGUUCCCGCAGUCUCUGCUGCCCAUUGGAAUUCUGGGUUAAGCUCCCAGUGCCUGAUGGGGCAAAAACAUUGUCACGGGUUUUGGGUACGUGUCGUCAGGCCCCCCUCCCUCCCUCAAAGCAACAGCAGAGAAUCGUUUUGCGCCUUUUUUCCUGGGUUACCCGUGCAGACGCCAUACCACAGCAAGCAUGGAGCCCGCUCAGCUCACCGUAUGUCACCACACAGCAGCAGCUCCUUGCCUUCGUGGCAGAUGGUGUAGUAGGACUGAUAGCUGUCGUAGGUCUCCUGGGUGCUCCUGGCAGACCUCGGUGAGGUAGAUCAGGGACGCCUGGACAGACAUGGCUAUUCUCCUCUUAGAGCACCGAAUGGGAGCCAGAGACUCCAGGUCAUUCUCUUUAAGUUUUGUCUCAUGGAGAUUCAGUCCUGCCUGGAAUAUCAUGUGAGCUGGAGGCUUCUGCCUCAGGCUGCUCUCCCAGCCUGCAGCACUGUGCGGUCACACUUGCCCCUUGCUCCCAUGGCUCAUGAAGCCUGGACAGUAGUAAGGAGCAGGCCAACUACAGGCUGAGCAAGUGGUGGAAUGUGCCUUUGGACGUUUAAAAGCUCGCUGGUGCUCUUUGCUGACUGGGUCAGACUUCAGUGCAACCAACAGUCCCAUUAUUAUUGUUGCUUGCUGUGUGCGUCAUAAUAUCUGUGAGAGUAAGGAGGAGACGUUUAUGGUGGGGUGGGAGGUUGAGGCAAAUUGCCUGGUGUCUGAUUUUGAGCAGCCAGACACCAGGGCGAUUAGAAGAGCGCAGCAAGGCGCGCUGUGCAUCAGAGAGGCUUUGAAAACCAGUUUCAUGACUGGGCAGGCUAUGGUGUGACAGUUGUGUGUGGUUCUCCUUGAUGCAAACCCGCCCACUUUGUUGAUUUUAAUUCACUGUAAGCCAACCACCCUCCCCCCCGUGAAAUAAAGUAACUAUUGUUUUGAAACCA